GCCACUGCUCUGAAAAAUGCCCGUCGUCGUCGAAUCAGAUCAAUCCAGCUCCAGCGAUGACCACCGUCCACAUGCUUUGCUAUCGUUUCUCCAUUCACAGUCCCAGAACUCGCUGACACGUCUGUACCACCGACCAUCAUCAUGCUUGUCCAUAUUUCGCCUUUUAGGACCUUUAGAACGUCAGAUUAUCAUGAACUUGCUAUGGCUUGAGUCUUCCAUCCCUAUAUUGACCAUGUCAUCCUGGGUCGUUGAUGCUAAAACAAAACCUUAUGAUGGCGCCAUAACGACCCUGGCCAAUUUGCACAUUCUUCCCAGUCCAUCCGCUAAACUGGGUCUCAAUCCGACUUUCAAGACAAGCAUGCGACAAGCCAUCACAGGAGGUGGGAAUAGUGGAAGUUUUGGGGUUCCUGCCGAAUUAGAUGAAAAACGGCAAUCCCCCAGCAUCGAGGCUCUAGACACAUACGCGCUGGAGCGCUGGGAGACUAUUUUGCAUUACAUGGUAUCCUCGGGCACAGGGCAAGCUCCUACGAGACCAUCGCAGGGAGUUCUAUACCUCCUUCAACGGAGUGGCCUGAUGGCCAUGCAGUCAGGAUCGCAAUUGCAGAUAACCUCCUCAGGUUUCCAAUUCCUUUUACAUACACCCCACGCCCAGCUAUGGGACCUUUUGCUCCAGUACUUGGAGAUGGUUGAAGAAAGACAGAUGGAUCUUGUGGAAGUUAUCAGUUUUCUAUUCAUGCUGUCUACAAUGGAACUUGGCCGCGAAUAUUCGACGGAGAGCCUGAGCGAAACUCAGAAGGCCAUGUUGGAGGAUCUCCGGGAUUAUGGUCUCAUAUGGCAGCGCAAGGCCAUAUCCCGGCGCUUCAGCCCAACGCGAUUAGCGACUACUUUGACGUCCUCGCUACCUCCUCUUCCCACUGCUUCGGGUACGGGGACAGGGCCAAGGGGCCAGGCUCAAGGUUUCAUUAUCCUCGAGACAAAUUACCGUCUGUAUGCAUACACGAACAACCCAUUGCAGACAGCUGUCCUCAACCUGUUCGUGAGCAUGAAAUCGCGCUUCCCGAACCUCGUUGUGGGUUCUAUUACGCGUGAGAGCGUGCGGAAGGCCCUUGCCAACGGCAUAACCGCUGAUCAGAUUAUCAGUUACCUCACGACUUACGCACACCUCCAGAUGCGCAAGAACAAACCCUUACUUCCUGUUACAGUUCAAGAUCAGAUCCGGCUUUGGGAGCUAGAGCGGAACAGAGUAAAAUCGCAGGAAGGAUAUUUAUACACGGCAUUUGCCUCUCAGGCGGACUAUGAGUAUGUGCUGAACUAUGCAAAACAACUCGACAUCGUGAUUUGGGAGAACGCUGCCAAGCGCUGCUUCUUUGGCAGCCUAGAGGGACACGCAAACAUCCGCGGAUUCAUCGAGCGGCGGACACGAGGAGAGAUCGGCUGAUUUUCCGUCCAUUCAUGUCGUGGGCAAUGAAUAAAUAUGCUCCGGUGCGUGUAUGUAUGUAUCUAAUGCGUCAAUUGACUGUGGGUGAGCAGAGCGAAAGCUAUGCUGUCCCUCAGCUUUUAUCGU